AUUAUUAUUGUUAUGAUUAUUAUCAUCCCGGGCCCAACGCCAAGCGAGGCCCCCUGCUGUCGGCCAGCGAAACAAUGAAACGUCCAUCAAACUGUCAACAGGUGUUACGCCAUAAUUCCACUAUUGAGCCCCCCCCACCCGACCAACCCUCAAGCCAAGCCCCCUAAGGGUUUUGAUCAGAAUGCUAUGUCGGACAUGCUAGCAUGCUAGCGCACACACACACAAUAGAUAUUGUCGUCAUCAAAAAAAAUGUUCAAUGCCAUACGGACAAUUGGUUGACUGCAUAGACGGCGGCCAUGUUUUUCGAGUUUUCCCCAAAGCUAAAGUGCAGUGGUUUGCAGUCAGGGCCUUCAAGGCCUUCUCUGCUGGCCUAACCAUCACCAGACGCAUUGACUUACAUUACAAACUUUUAUGUUUAUGUUCACUUUGGUUCUUGGCCGCAAUGCUUCCAGUAGUGUGUGUGUGUGGGGGGGUUCUCUACAGCCAUGUUUCAUCUCCUAUGUUCCCAGGGCCUUCAGGAUCAGGAGUGCUGGCCUCUGUUGCAUCCACACUAGAAGCAAGCGGGGCUAUAACUAAGCUGACCUCCGAUUGGACUUCCUGGUGGACAGAUCAGGAGCACUUUGUAAACAACAGACCAUGUCAAAAAACGAAAUUGAUAAAACCAUCAAAAGGUUGGCUCAGGCCAUGAUGCCAGCUUGUAUGUUGACUUUAAAUUAAAUACUUUGGAAAGAUUGGGCGGGCCGUAUUCAAACACUUGGCGGGCCGGAUGUGGCCCCCGGGCCGUAGUUUGCCCACCCCUGCUCUAGUUGAUGGCACCAAACAUGACUUCCAGCCGUUCGGCCUAAUUCCAGAAGUGACGCCGUGGGAGCGCCACCACUCAGGAGACAAGAAGGGGAGAAACGUUUGGACUUAAGCCUGAAGACGUGGAGAUGAAGAUUGGGUGGCCUUCAAAACACUGAAUGGAAACGACCAGAGGUGGAACGGAGCGAGUGAAAUAUUUAGGGGUGGGUGGAGGAAUGAUGGAAUGGAACGUCCAUGUGAGCAUCGCCUGCUGUACACAGUCAGCAACAAAGCAAUGGACAAGCUUUUCAGAGUCACGCCCGUCUUGGCACUGAUAUCGUCCAAGUCUUUCUUGGUUCCUUUGGAGAGCUUCUUCCCCAGAACUUCACGCACAAAUGCGUCAUCGAAGGCGUAGUAUCUGAAUCGGGGAAACACCAAUUGGGAAAAAGAGCCCGCCUCCAGACACACCCACUCCACAGUGGUUGGUCACAUUCUGAAGCCGACCGGACGGUCCCACGUUUCUCAACAAAAGAGGUUACUUCAAGACCGUCUCUCAAUGCGACCCCCCCCACCCCCUCCAGGAGGACGUUCAAUCACAGUGUGAGGAUAGUUGGCGAGUGCAAGGAGUGAUCCGAUUGGUCGCCGCUGCUGCUGCUGCGGCGAUGCGCCACGCCGCAAGCCUGCGGCGCCUGAGACGCGGGGAAGUUGCCCAGAGGCGCCGCCGCGCCCGCCGACACCGCGGGGGUGCCGCCGUCCGAGGGCUAACGUCAGCGAACGUUACCAUGGAUUUGCCACAUCAUGGAUACCGAGCAAGUAAACAAAGAGGUCGUCAAGCUCCGAUGGGUGGAGAAUCCGUGCUUUUUGACGACACUAGCACAUCCGCUAGUCAGGGCUAUUACACUCCAGGUUACAACAUGGCGGCGCCCUCCAGCGACAUGCAAGCUGGCGUGAACAACUUGUUCACCGACCCCAUGGCCAACGCCGCCAUGAUGUACGGCUCGUCCAUCGCCAACCAGGGCAAGGAUAUGGUCAACAAAGAGAUCAGCAGGUUCAUGUCGGUGAACAAGCUGAAAUACUUCUUCGCCGUGGACACCAGAUACGUGCUGAGGAAGCUCAUGAUCCUCAUGUUCCCGUACACGCACCAGGAUUGGGAAGUUCGCUACCAUCGGGACACUCCGCUGACUCCGAGACAAGAUGUGAACGCGCCUGAUCUUUACAUACCAACCAUGGCUUUCAUCACCUACGUUCUACUGGCGGGGAUGGCUCUGGGCAUCCAGAAAAGGUUCAGUCCGGAGGUGCUCGGACUCUGCGCCAGCACUGCCCUGGUGUGGAUCAUCAUCGAGGUCCUGGUCAUGCUGCUCAGUUUGUACUUGCUAACAGUACACAGCGACUUGUCCACCUUUGACCUCAUCGCCUACAGCGGAUACAAAUACGUCGGGAUGAUCUUCACCAUGCUGUGUGGCUUGAUCUUUGGCAGCGAUGGCUACUUCGUGGCCCUGGCCUGGUCCUCUUGUGCCCUUAUGUUCUUCAUAGUCCGUUCCCUGAAAAUGAAGAUCCUCACCUCUCUGGCGUCGGACUCCAUGGCAACCGGCUCCAGCGCCAAACCCCAGGUCCGCAUGUACAUCACCGUGGCGACCGCCAUCUUCCAGCCCGUCAUCAUUUACUGGUUAACGUCUCACCUGGUCAGGUGACUGUGAGGCGUUCACGGGACCGGACGUCCCAAAAAAGAAAAAACAAAAAAAGCGUGUGUGACUGUUUGUACACUUGCCUUCUUUAAUAUACGUUUUUGCCAGCCAAGUCCAGCCAUGCCUGCACGGUGUUGACUUUGUCAAGCGGUGAAAAUACAACGUUGUGUGUAGUGAUUCCGACAAAUACUCAUUUUUUCCGCUGCUUAACGUUUUGUUGUUUUUUAAACAAGGGCUGUUAAGAUUGGAAGGUUUGUCAAUGAGUGGAGAGUCGCUAGCACACAAACAUGACUCAAAUGUCUGUAUCGAUUUUAUUUAUCUAAAUAUGACAAAGCAUGAUGUUUGGAUUUUUUUUUGUAGGGGAAAAAAAUAAAUAUAUUCAGCUUUGUGUA